AGCUGAGUCAGUGAGUGAUGUCUGCGCAGCCUUCGUCUUGUUUACGUGUAGUGCUUGGCGUUGGUUCAACUGGCUGAUGUGUGAUUGGGCAAUACCAUUGCGUAAUCACCGUCGCUGCUCAUGGUUGACGCAGCCAUUGCUGUUUCUCGAAGCCUAAAUUGUAUGGCCGUUUUUAGUGUUGUGGAUGUACAGAUCUGUAUAUAUUUACUCUUGAAAUUAAGAAAGCUCUAGACAUUAGUGGCAGCUGAUUUAGUUCAAGGAUUGUGUGCUGGAUUUCUGGGUCCAACACUCUGGGCUGACACUGAGCUUGGCACUGACUCCACAGUGCAAGUGAGAAGUUUGCUGGGGCCACCGUUGUUGCACACUGUCACUACUACUGCUAGCAAGGGAUUCCAAGUCGCACCGAGUGCAUGUAGCAGACCAUUCAUAUUGAGAUUAUAUUCGAAGUGUGCCAAAUGCUGCUAUCAUUGGGGCAAACUAUGGAAAUGAAUAACACUAACAACAACAAGGAGAUACCACCUGAUAACCGUAAACCUGGUGGCGGCAAGCUCAACACUACUGGCCGCUCCUUGAAGAAGUAUCUGCAUGACAAGGACAGCGAGGAGUACAAGAUCCGCCGGCAGCGCAACAACAUCGCCGUGCGCAAGAGCCGGGACCGCAGCCGCAAGAAGGCGGAGGAGACACAGGAGCGGGUGCAGCAGCUCAAGGAGGAGAACCAGCAGCUGGAGAACAAGGUGAUGCUGCUGUCCAAGGAGCUCAGCCUCCUCAAGGAUCUCUUCCUGGCUCAUGCCCGGGAGGUACCGGACCCCAGCACCACCUUUGGCCUCUACACUGCCUCGCCGGACGUGGCCAGCCGCCUGCAGAAUCGGGAGGUGAAUCCAGACGGCCAACCGACCGAGGACCAGCUGAGCUCAACCUCAUCAGAUCACACCUACGUUGUGACAGUGAACCCGGAGGGCGUGAAAACAGAGGCGUGAUCCAGGGCCCCCUCAUGUCUCUGACACCAGUUGGAGACAUCUUUGUAAAUAUAGCAAAAGAAAAAAAAUUAUCUUGUACAAACUUUGUUACAGGUGUAUAACCCCCUUCUUAAGACAGACCGCCAUUGUGCAUUGCCAUUGAUAGCAAAUCCUUUUAUAGUUACAUGUACAUUGUAGCUUACAAGUCUUUCGAGUUUGAAUCAACAUAAAUCUGGUGUUAACAAAGAAAGUAAACUGUAGUUUGAAUUCUGGCAAAUGUUUUAGUGUGUAUAUCUGCUCCUAACAUAUUUCUGGCCACUUUGCGUAAUGUUAUUUUUGAUGCUGUGUUAUAAAUAUAUUUGUAAAUCUAACCAUCAUGGUUUCUAUUCAGUGUUAUCCUGUUUUUUCAUCAAAGCAAAUUUUAUUUUCAAGCUCUUUUGUCUUAAAUAGGGCUAGUUUCCAGAGGUAAAGUUCAAUGCCAUACAGCAGAACCUGUUGUGAAGAACACCCAUCGUGGUUCUCAUUCAUAUGGUUACUUUUUUAGGCAUUUGGAUGUUAUAAUGAAAGAAAGAAAUGGUACUACUAUGCAUAAUUUGUAAAUGAAGUUAUCAGGAAACUGAAAUCCCACAUUCUCACCAAUAUUAGUAUCUCAGUGAGACACUGACCUGAGAACACAUGUACCUGUAGGUGUAGACCACAGGUAGGUGCUCUACGCCUACAUGCACCUGUGUAAGUGCACCUUCCUGUAUUCUCAUUCUUAGCUUGCCUCUAAAGAUUUAUCAGGAACUGCAUGAAAUUCCGUCGGAGAGUAGCUAUUUGAUUUUGGUCUGAAGGCAAAAUUAAAAGAAGGAAAGAUAAGAUAAUUGUAAAAACUCUGAAUUAAAAACCACAAGUUCUUGUCUGAUGUACUUUGGUAUGUAUGUACUCAAUUCUAGUAGCUUGAGGGACACUGUUUACUAGAACAUCUCUUGGAUGCAUAAUGCUUUUUUAUUGGUAAAGUUUAUUAGACACCCCAUGUGCGUUUUUAAAGUAAUGUUCUUCAAACUGCAUAAUUUUGUUUGGUGCUUUGCCCUUUUCAAAGUUCACAUGCGGUGUCAAAUUCCCCAGUUCUUUGAGGACUGAAACAUUUCGCUUUUUAUCGAAAGUCUGUUUUGAACAGUAUUUCAUCCAAUCAGUCAUCUGUCAUCAGUUGAAUACAGAAAAGCAUAAUUAUUAGUUUCAAAAAUUGUACAUAGGUAUCAAAAGUGGUUUUCUUUAUUCAAGAGUUGAUCUGAAAUGGACACUAAUUAUUCUUAUACUACAUGUAAGGAGUGUUGGAAUCCUUUCCAAAUCAUUAAAGAUUUGGUAGCUGCAUACAAGAUGCUGGUAGCGUGCAUGCAGCAGUCUGACGUUGCCAGUUGUCAGUAGGUUAUGUUGUCGUCAAAGUGCAUACUGUCAUACCGAGUAUAAAAAGAAGAACUUUCUUGGAGAAAACCCAUGAGCUUGUGGACUAAAAUGAUGCACAGAACGUUGGAAAUAAAGCAUGUCUAGAAUUGGUUAAUCUCAAGCAGUAUUCUCAGUAUUUGCUUUUGUUCUGAAUUUAGAUACUGUUUGCCAGACACCUUUUCAUAUUAAGUUCCCAUUGACAACUUCUACCUGAUGUGAAGUGGAAAGUGGAUGCUGUUCAUGGUCCAAGUGGAAGUUGAAUGUGAAGGUACAUGAAGUAUUUCCGGAAGUGAGAAAAUGGACGAAAUACUGAAAUGGAAACCUUUGGGCCGAGGAAGUGUUGAAACUGUAGGUUAUUGAUGUAUUGAGGAAAACUAGAGUCAACAUUGAAAGCCACAUUGAGUCACUUGGAUGUAUACGUACUGUGUGUGAUCUCAUCCUCUCGCUUUUGAGGGAAAGUGGUAAUCCAUAGGAGCUCAAGCAUUUUACGCUUGGAUUUUUCUAGCCCCGUAUGCAAAACCGACAACAAACGUGAAUUGGUUCCCUAUUUUUGCUAUCACUGGAAUUGGACAUAGGGAUAUGAACUGAGUGUAAAAAGAAUAAGCAUCUCCGUAAUACUGUUGAGCACUAUGUUUGGGCAGAAAGUAAUUUGAUUUCAUUAAUUUGCAUUCAAAAGACUGUUUUAAUACUUAAGGGGUUUCAGUAGAGGUGUGAUAAAAAGGACUUUAAAUAAUGCCAGUCAUACAUGAGAAACGAAGUUGUCACAGGUUACAGUGUGAUUGUUGGCAGAGUUUGGUGUACAGUAAUACAAUAAAUAAGUCCAUGCAUACUUGUGGACUGAAUAACGAGUAA